AUGGAGAGAAGCAUCUCUUACAUCACCUCUACUCAGCUCCUUCCUCUUCAUCGUCGGCCCAACAUAGCCAUCAUCGAUGUCAGGGAUGAAGAGAGGAAUUAUGACGGGCAUAUAGCUGGAUCACUACACUACGCGAGUGGCUCGUUUGAUGACAGGAUCUCUCAUCUUGUUCAAAAUGUCAAGGACAAAGACACACUUGUCUUCCAUUGUGCUCUAAGCCAGGUUCGUGGACCAACUUGUGCAAGAAGGCUCGUGAAUUAUCUGGAUGAGAAGAAACAAGAUAGUGGAAUCAAAAACAUCAUGAUCCUGGAACGCGGCUUCAAUGGCUGGGAAGCUGCUGGAAAACCGGUUUGCCGCUGUGUUGACGUUCCUUGCAAAGUCCAGAGCCCUAAUCUCAAUAUGGUUUGCGUUAUGUGUUUGGUGCCGCUGUUCCUCAUCCCGCUCAUCAAUUUACUGCCUCGGAUCAUCGAUUUAUUAAUGGCCAAAGUGUACGCGUUGCUCGGAUGGGAGUACAGGAAGCCAGCGAGAGUUCCUCCAGCUUGUCCUUUCAAGCCAGUUGCUAAAAACGACAACGCCACCAAAGUGGCUGCGGAAACUGGAACUGAAGGUACAGAAGCAAUAGCUAAACCUAUCGUUGCGGAGGAGACUGGUGGGGUUAAGCACGAUUGA